AUGAGUGCAACCACACGUACUGGAUUAGUUCCCACGCCCAAGAGGCAUGUAAAGUAUCUAAAAAAGCGCAGAAAUCAGCAUGGGGAAUUCUCGCGAAUGCCGCUCAAGUUCGAGGCCACGCCCAUGCCGCUUUCGCUGCGCCCCUUCGGAGGACUCUUCAACCCCUUCGCCAAGGGCUGCUCGGUGCUCUGCAACCAUCCGGCUCCAUCGGGGGUCAAGGAGGUGAUUAACCAGCUGAAGACAUCGCUGGCCAUCGAGGGCAAAGGUCAGCAGCAUGGGAGGCAGGAAAAAGGCACCGAGGAGACGGAACUCCAACCGCACGAGGCGGACAAUAUUCCGGAGGAUCUGUUCCGGCGAUAUGCGGAAACGGAUUCGCGUCCCAUGACCCCAACGCCCACGGUAACCAGUAUCCACACCAGAACCAGUGCGGGAUCCUUCUACCGACGAUGCAUAACUCCUGAGUGGGGAAAACACGAGAACAUCAAGCGGAAGAAAAUCAUAUUGGAUCUCCGGCGGUCGCAUUCCCAGGAGACGCUCUACUGGAAGCCCAGCUCCGAGUUGACCCAAAGCGGCUUGGAGGAGGACAAGAAGCCCAAGAGUGCCGGCGCCAACGAGGACAAGAAGCCGAAGAGGCAGCCCUCCAACGAGCAGAGGCCCAAAUCCUCGCUGGCCACCGCCAAUCUGUCGCCAGGAGGAGAUGCCCCCAAUGAUCUGGAGGCCAAGCCGAAAACCUGCAUAAAUGAACACGAAAUCAGUGACGAGGAUGUGCGCCGUGGCAAAAAACGCAAGAAGUUGAAGCCAGCUCAAGCCACCACCACCUUCCACCUCAGUGAAGAUCCGGAGACUCAAGUGGCUGCCUUGGGACCCGAUUCACUAAAUCCCAGUACCAGGCCAAGUUUAAUACCCAAUUCACUUACUUUGCUGCCCAAGGAUAAAAGGGAGACUGAACGAGAACCGAUCCUUUUGAAGGGAAGUUUUUUAACAGAUGAUGCCUUUCAGGCACUGAAAACCGACUUGGAUGUGGAUUUAAUUGAGAAUACUUUUGGGAGAUAUCUCAACCGAGCUCUUAGAGAAGCCAUCAAGUACAUGCCACCAAAACCCAAAAUCGUGCCGAAAGCCACCGAAGAUAAAGUUCCCCCCGAAACAACUUCCAAGAUGCCGCGAAAGUUCUCAAAAUCCGCAACUAGAUUCGAUGUUCCCAUGGAUCUUUCCAUGCUGAAAAACAUGACGCCGUGGGAUUAUUUGAGCAAGUGCGUCUGGGUUUCGCAGCAGCGUAAGCAGCUUUACAAGCGAGUGUUUCUGAAGUAUUUGAGCAGAAUCGAGGAACCGGAAAGUGAACUGGCGGUCAUGGGAAAUGAUGAGCUGCCGGAAUAUAAAUACAGGGAACGAACCCUUGUGUGGCAGAGUCUACCACAAGCGCUGGAGGAUGUCCUCGAGUUCCAUGGCACGGAGGAGAAUGUGCAGGGCACUCUCAGGAUGCUGGGAUACGAUCCCCAGGGAUCCGGAGACCUGGACUUUCGCGCCUGGUGCGGCAUCGUCUCCUUCGCUGAAAGAUUAGCACUUGCUGAUGAUUCCGGAUCGGAUGAUUCGUGCGACGAGUUGGAAAAGGCCGACUUUAACAGCAUGGAGCAAAUACUGCCGGACUUUGCGGUGCCCGACAAGCUAAAGGAAAUUUUCAAUGUAAUUCGCAAAACGCAUAAAACUAGGUAUUAAUUAAAUCAUAUCACUUAAAUUACGACUUGGAAUAACAAGUAAUAAUAAAUAUGAGUAAAUAACGUUUGCACC